CCAAAAAUAGGUCACGAUCUAUUUCAUCUGUCAACAUGUCUGGCGAGUUUGAAAGUGUAGAAAAAUCGCUCCAGAAGCACUUGCCACCGUCGGAAUUAGCAGAGGUUAGGCGGAUUUUAUAUGGAAAGGAAGUGAGAACUUUGAAGCUCCCUGGAGAUGCUGUAUCAGAAGCUGAUGAAAAGGACUUUGAGAUUCAGGGUUUUGGGUUUGAUGCUGAGCGAGAAGAGGUGCGGGCUCAGCGGGUUGUUAGAGUUGGAGCUAUACAAAAUAAAAUUUUACUGCCCACAACUGCCCCUAUACUAGAACAGGUAGAAUCUCUUCAUAAAAGAAUCUCAGAUAUCAUAGCUGUUGCUGCGAAAUGUGGGGUGAACAUUAUUUGCUUACAGGAAGCUUGGACUAUGCCGUUUGCAUUCUGUACGAGGGAGAAGCAUCCUUGGUGUCAGUUUGCCGAGUCAGCAGAGGACGGACCUACCACAAAAAUGUUACAGGAGCUUGCCAAGAAAUAUAACAUGGUUAUAGUUUCUCCGAUCUUGGAACGAGAUGAUACCCAUGGUGAAGUUCUGUGGAACACGGCAGUGGUCAUAUCAAGUACUGGAGCAGUGCUAGGAAAGUCUAGAAAAAAUCAUAUUCCAAGAGUUGGAGAUUUCAAUGAGUCAACUUACUAUAUCGAAGGUAACACAGGACAUAAAGUAUUCCAAACUCAGUUUGGAAAAAUAGCUAUCAACAUAUGUUAUGGUCGGCAUCAUCCACCCAACUGGUUGAUGUAUGGUGUGAAUGGUGCUGAAAUCGUGUUUAAUCCAUCCGCCACAGUAGGUGCACUCAGUGAACCUAUGUGGCCCAUAGAAGCUAGGAAUGCCGCUAUUGCCAACAGCUAUUUCACCUGUGCCAUCAAUAGAGUCGGAUCAGAAGUGUUUCCCAAUGAAUUCUCAUCUGCUGAUGGUAAACCAGCUCACAAGGAUUUUGGACAUUUCUAUGGCUCCAGUUAUGUAGCAGCUCCAGAUGGCAGCAGAACUCCGGGUCUAUCACGGACCAGGGAUGGUUUGCUUAUUGCAGAGAUGGAUUUGAACUUGUGCCGCCAGGUGAAGGACAGGUGGUGCUUCAGGAUGACACAACGUCUAGAUAUGUAUGCUGAAGAACUUACAGCGGCUGUGAAGCCAGACUACGUUCCAGAUGUGGUCAAGGAGAAUUAGUAUGUGAUGUACUAUAUGAUGAUGCUGGGACAGACUGUCAGUAUAAUGGUGCUAUUUGAUGAAUUCCUACACUUCUAGACAUUCCACAGAAAUUGCUUGUUAACAGUCUAUUUUGUAGUUAUAUGUAUGAUAUGUAUGUGUGAGCCAUAUGCAUAUA